AUGGCCGAUCGACGCUCAGACUCCUAUGAUGGCGUUGCUGAAGAGGCAAACAUCGCUCUCAGAGUCAAGCCCAAAGACAUGAGACAACUUUCUUCGUCUUCGGAUGCCGUCAAAGCAAAGAGAAUUCAGAAGCCGCUGGAGUCCCUCCAGAAGGCGGCUCGAAAGGUCGAAGGAGAGGCAAGGGAAGAAGGAACUGGUCAGAAGAAGCUGGACGCCCUCGACAAGCCAGCUCGAAAGGCCGAAGGAGAGGCAAGGGAAGAGGGGACUGGUCAGAAGAAGCUGGACGCCCUCGACAGGCCAGCUCGAAAGGCCGGAGGAGCGGCAAGGGAAGUGGGAACUAGUCAGAAGUAA